CUUGUAAGCGUACUUUUAGAGUUGUGUAGCUUUCAGGCUAAUAAAGUUAGUUGAAGAAAAAAAAAAGAAAUAAGCAAAGCUGGCUUGCUUGUUAGCUAAAUGACAUCCCGUAUCGCAGAUGUAUCGACAGCUACCAGAAUGUGUGGACUGUGGGAGGCAGAAUAUACAGCGCUGAAAAUGGGCUUGUUUCUACUGAAUGCCGUCGUCGGACCCGUCAACUCGGCGUCGGCGGAGGGAGCAAUAACGGAGAGUAAGCUGCUAUGCAUUGGAGUGAACAACCAUACCUACAUCUGUGACUCGGGCCACUGCUGCGGAGAGUCUCAGUGCUGCAGCUACUACUAUGAGCUAUGGUGGUUCUGGCUUGUCUGGACUGUAAUUAUUAUCCUGAGCUGCUGUUGUGUCUGUCAUCAUCGUCGCACUAAACAUCGACUGCAACAACAACAGCGGCAGCAUGAGAUCAACCUAAUUGCCUACAGAGAGGUCCACAAUUACACCUCCCUGCCCUUCUACUUCAGGUUUCUGCCCAGCUACCUCUUACCAGCGUAUGAGGAAGUGGAGAACAGACCCCCAACGCCCCCUCCUCCAUACAGUGCCUCUCAGCCUUGCCAGGGCCCUGACAUGCUGAACCCUGAGCAACCUGAUGAGCUUUGCCCCUUGCCUCAGUGCAGCCCUAGGGGCCCCAUGUCAGAAAACGGUUCCACUGGGGACUGCAUAGAAGAGCCUCACUGUCCUACUGUACACUGCCCAGCAGUAGAUGACGACAAACCAUACCUGAGCUUUGAGGAGGAUGACCAGCUGCAGCACGUAGCAUCAGCCACUUCACCAGACAUGAGCAAGCAAAGCAGCCGUUGCAAAGAACACCCAGAGUCUGAGGAACAAGGGCUGGACAGUUGUCCUGAUGGCAAGGACAGGACCCCAGGACGCCAUAGACGCUUUACGGGUGACUCAGGAAUUGAAGUGUGUGUAUGCAGCCAUGGCCCUGGGGAAGGAGAGGAGGAGGAGGAGGAGGAGGAGAUGAAAGAGCUUGAGGGACUUCUGGACAGAGAUGGGUUAAGGGAGCAGAACUUCUGUGAUAGUUGCAACCUCCAUAGCAAUGGCCGUCAUCCAACGGGGGAUGAGGAGCAGGGCUUUCCUGGCCAAGAGAGAGGCCCUGAGCCCCGAGACCCACCUCUACAACGACCUCCCAUCUGCCUUCAUUUACACACCAUCAAUGAACAGGAGGGUCCUCACCAUGGCAGCAAUACAGACCCCCAAAUUUAAGCACCACCAUCUACAACACUAAUGCUUUGUUGGCUGCUGUCUCUUUAAUUUUCCACUGUACCCACUGCUUUGGCUGUAUGUUUGUGUCCUAAGUGAGAUUGUGUGAAGGCAGUGUUUUUAGGUUAUGAAAGAACAGCCUCAAAGAAAGGUUGUCAAAGAUGUUGCUUACAGCUCUGAUUAAGGUGCCUGUAAUGGGAAGGGGGGGGGGUGGUUUUUAUCUUUACAUUUUUUUUAAUGCCACUAAGGGUUUUUCAAGGGGUGAUGCCAAUAUAGGCAGUUCAGUUUAAGUGAGAUGCGCAAGAAUGUCAGACUUGCUUACCCACUUUUGUUUGUUUGGCAAAAAUAUUCCUCUUAGAUUUUUAAUAUCUGACAGACCUAAUACAUUAGUUGUUUGAAAGGUAACUGACAGCUAGAUAUCUUUUAAAUAUCAGUUUGUUUGUUUUUACUACUGUUAUGGGUGCACUGCUUGGUUCUUUGAAAGCUUUCUGUUUUUGUGCAUUAGGCAGGUACAGCUAACCUUUUUAGGGGCCUAAGUAAUAGACAUGCUAGAUCCCCCCCCCCAAGUUUUUCACUCUGCUGCCUAAAUGUAGCCUUCACUUCAUUUGUAUGCUAUUCCCCUCAGAGGGACUAGAUUAUGCACUGCAAAAAUGCAAGAAAAGGGUGAGGGGUGUUUUCCCAGAUUACACAGGAAGUAUCCACCCCAUACCAGAGCAGUCUACCAGACUUCACAACAUGAGCUACUGUGUAGCCUUUUUGAGCAGCAGUCUGUUAUGGUAUGUCUCCACAUCCCCUCUUAUUAGGCAAUGGAAUCUUUAAGAUGUUCUACAUACUGUAAUGGUGCAAUGGUGUACUAUGCCUAGCUCAGAAAGUCUGGGUAAGGCUUCCUUUUUUAGACUUGAUUUGAUUAAAAUGUGCUCUUUAUUUGGUAAGCUUUUGUUGUUCUUUUUGUGAGGCUGUGUGUGCGUGCGCAUGUUUUUAAUCACAAACGCAAAUUUGUUUAAAAAUAUAAAUUCAUUUUGGAUAUUUAUGUAGCUGUAAAUUACUUUUCUAUCACACUAUACAUUAAGGUAAGUUGUAGAGAUUGGAAUUAAAGAAUUGAAGACUGCAUAUAUUGUUUCAUGUUUUCUGGUAAUACAUCUUACACAUUUAGGUGCCUUUUUUAUUUAUUUUUUUUAUUUUUUAUUUUUUUCCCCUUUUCAUAUUUCACUAUUUCAUAUGCCUUAAUGGAAUAUUGUAUGUUUUUAUAGAAGGAUUCCUGUGUAAAUAACUCAAGGCCAGUGUGGAUGAAUGGAUAUUUCUUCCAUGUGUGCGUGCGCUCAAGGUACUAAUGGCUGUGACCUUAACAAUAGCAACUUCACUUAAAUAUAUUACUUGAUUAGCUGUUUGAUAUGUCAUUACUUUUUGUUCCCAUAUCCUAGUUUCUAGCACUGUGUUAAACCCAGAAUAAGCUUGUAAAGUUUUAUGGUACCUUUUUUGGUAAUGUUAUUACAACGAGAGAGUGCGCGCGAGAGAGAGCUAGUACUACAAAGAGCUAUUUUUUCUAUUGCAGAUAUGAUGGACAAUAUUUUAUUCUAUUUUGAACCCUCCCUGUUAUGUCAGUGCACAUGCUGUGGACUGAUGUCUUAUUUUGAAAGACUAAUGAGGAUCAGCAUGUUUUUGUUUUAAUGUGGCAAUAGAAACUGCUCCACUGCAUUCCUACCUUGUGUCAAGAGAUUGAUGAGUGAUUUCAGGUUGCUUGUAAAUUGAGGUAGUAUGUUUGUUUAACCUUUUGGUGUGAAUAAUCAGUAAAUCUUCCAGCCAUAGAUAGUUCUCAGUUCAAAGGGCAAAGAUAGGCCAUUGUCCCCAAUGAUAAUGCCAGGCUAGAAUGUCUGUGUAAAUGGAGAGCUCUUAAACAAACAUCAUUUACCAGAUAGUGUAGGUUCCAGUUUGAGCAGUAUUUGCUGGAAACACUGAUUCUGUAAACAAAAUGCAAGUAGUGCAUUUAAAAAUUAUAACUCCUAUGUACAGCCUUAUGCUUACAGGUCCGUUAGAUUGUUCUAUACAAUUGAUAUAGUUGCUGCUUGAAGCUGUGCAAUCCGUUUCAAGCAUCUUGAAGUUUGGAGGAAUGGUGCUGCCAUGUUUCCUCGUAGGUCUAGCGCCAAGUAUUUUCCUGUCUACGUUGAUGUCUUGAGACCAAAAAUGUAUGUUAGAAAGAGGGAAUUGGAAUCAGAUUUAGUAAUUGUUAAAAUAUGAGUAAUUUAUUUUUGCCUAAAAAAUGUGUAAUUGCACUGUUUUAAAAUGGAUGCGGUGAGGUUUUGUGCUUGAAGAUGAUGGGCUUAAGAAGCUAAUCGGUUUUUAAGUUUAGCUCUGAAAUGAGACUUGGUACUAUGUUAGUUUUGUAUCUGUAGUUGCUCUUUUUUUCUGAAUAAAACUGCAUAUGGAUAACAUUUUGUAUAAAGCCUCAGCCAAAUGAAUAUCGAAUGUACCUUAUGAAUAAAACAUUUUUAAAUGCCA